AAAAAAAAAAAACCUUCCGCAAAACCCUAAACCCCCCAACCACCUCCUCCCCUCCCUGCUGGUAUCUCAGUUGGCUAGCUCGCCUGAUCUUCAUUUGUGGUGCCCAAAAUCAAUCUUUUUCGCAAUUCUAAACCUAGAAUCUCUUUCUUCUGUUUUGAAAACCAAAACCCACAGUCUCUUUCUCUAUCCACCAACGAAAUGAGGAAGCCAAAGUCCAAGUCUAGAGAGCUGCGCAAGCAGCGUAGAUUUGCGGAACAGGAAGAAAUUUCGUUACUGAAUGAAUGGAUUGAGUUCCAAAAACCCGACUCUGGCUCCAAUCCUUUGUCUCUUCCACCUCUGCCAUCUAAUGCACCCGUCGGCCGCCUCUCAGACGGCACCUUCUCGCGGUAUGCUGGGUCCACCAAGUUCAGCGAAUUGCCUAUAUCGAAGAAAACGAUGGAUGGGUUGAAGAAAUCGGAUUACGUUUCUAUGACUGAGAUACAGAGAGCGUCUUUGCCGCACGCUCUUUGUGGGAGAGAUAUUCUGGGUGCUGCCAAAACUGGGUCUGGGAAGACCCUAGCUUUUGUUAUCCCUGUUCUAGAGAAGUUACAUAGAGAAAGAUGGGGACAUGAAGAUGGGGUGGGCUGCGUUAUAAUAUCUCCCACAAGGGAGUUAGCAGGUCAGCUUUUUGAUGUAUUGAAAGCUGUUGGGAGGUAUCAUAACUUAAGCGCUGGCCUCCUAAUUGGUGGGCGCAAGGACGUUGACACUGAAAAGGAGCGGGUUAAUGAGCUUAAUAUUUUGGUUUGCACCCCUGGACGGCUUCUUCAGCACAUGGAUGAGACUCUAAGCUUUGAUUGUUCUCAACUUCAGGUUUUAGUCCUUGAUGAGGCAGAUCGUAUUCUUGAUGUUGGCUUUAAGAAGACUUUGAAUGCAAUUAUUUCACAGCUACCUAAGCAUAGACAAACCUUGCUUUUCUCUGCAACUCAAACAAAAUCUGUUCAGGAUCUUGCAAGACUCAGUUUAAAGGACCCAGAGUAUGUCGGUGUGCAUGAGAAGUCCACAACAUCAACUCCUGAUCGUUUGCAGCAAACUGCAAUGAUAGUUCCUCUUGAGCAAAAGCUGGACAUGUUAUGGAGUUUUAUAAAGGCACAUCUUAAUUCAAAGAUUCUAGUGUUUCUUUCAAGCUGCAAACAGGUGAAAUUUGUCUUUGAAGCAUUUAAGAAAUUGCGGCCUGGAAUUCCAUUGAAGUGUCUUCACGGAAAGAUGAAACAGGGAAAAAGGAUGGUAAUCUAUUCUCAGUUCUGUGAGAAGCGUUCAGUUCUCUUCUCAACUGAUGUGGCCUCAAGGGGUCUUGAUUUUAAUAAGGCAGUUGACUGGGUUGUCCAGGUGGAUUGUCCAGAAGAUGUUGCAUCCUACAUUCACAGAGUUGGUCGCACUGCUCGCUAUGCGUCUGUAGGGAGGUCAGUUUUGUUUCUGACGCCUUCAGAAAUGAAAAUGCUUGAAAAAUUACAAGAAGCAAAAGUACCUGUACAGUUUAUUAAGGCAAACAAUAAAAGACUGCAACCAGUUUCUGGGUUGUUGUCAGCUUUACUGGUUAAAGAUUCAGAUUUGCAGGACUUGGCUAAAAAGGCCUUUGUAACAUAUUUGCGAUCUAUCCAUAUUCAAAAGGAUAAAGAGGUGUUUGAUGUAAUGAAGCUGCCUAUCGAUGAAUUUUCUGCUUCGAUGGGUCUACCAAUGACACCAAAACUCCGAUUUCUGAAUCAGAAAAUUAAGGGAAAGAAGAUGUCAGGAAUGCAAUUGGAUAAUGCUGACAAGGACAUUGCCAACCUAGCAACUGGCGCUUUCAGGGAAGAUCUGGGAGGACCAAGAGGAAAGCUAGAUAUUGGUGACCAUGAGGAAGCAGAUGUGGAGAAAGGUUUUUUACUGUCGAAGGAUGCUGAACACGAGGGUGAAGCCAAAGCAAGCGAACUGGGGCCAAUCUUGCCUGCAACACGGGUUCUAAAGAAAAAGAAGUUGAAGAUCAAUAUCCAUAGACCAGUGGGAACAAGGGUUGUCUUUGAUGAGGAGGGCAAUACACUUCCUCCACUUGCAAGGGUGGCUGAUGCAAAGAAUGUUGAUAAUUCAUCUUUACUUGAUCAAGGCAAAAGAGAAGAAUAUUAUGUGAAGAUGAGAGAGGAGUUGAAGCAAGCAGACAAGGAAGAUAAGGCGCAGGACCGACAGCGUCGCCGAGAGAAACGAAUUAAGGGGAAGAUGAAGUGGAAGAAACAAACCAUGGACAAAGAAGAAGAUGGAGACGAUGAGGAUGAUUCUGGGUCAGAAGGAGAGAGAAUGGGUGACAGGAAACGGAAGAGGUCAAAGAUAUAUUUUGAUAGUGACAGUGAUGAUGGCAAGACGAUAGAGGACAGAGAUAAACUAGUGAAAACCGAUUCCAUUUCUCUAUCAGAGCAAGAAGCUCUGGCUCUCAAGUUGUUAAGUUCAAUGCACUAGAGAUUCAAAUAGUUUCAGUUCUUUCAUGUUGCACUCGGCAUUUUUUGCUGGCUGGCAUUUUCUCCAGGAGAAGCAAAUGAUUUUCUUCUCUCCAUUCCAUAUCACGCUGCAGCUGCACCAUUUUGCAGUAGUUUUUGGCUCAGCAUCAAUGCUGAAGUUACAGCGUAUAUUGGUUUACAUUGAUUGUGAUUAAUUAUUAUUAAUGAGAAACAACAUGUUCGAUAAACAAUAAAAUUGUAGUGUCUACAUUGUUCCA